GCUAGUGCCAUCGAGAGUUUUCCAGCCCUAAUUGCAAUUGUCUAUCAAUUUUUCUUAUUUCGUUUUUGCCUUUUUAUCUUGGGACUUGGGACGUGAAAUAAACAAUUUCCAUUUUAUCAAUAAAACUAUGAAUUUAUUGCCCAAAUCACACGAGGAGUUCGCCCAGCCGGAAUACUGGAACUCUUUCUUCACGAAACGUGGCGAGAAGGCUUUCGAAUGGUAUGGCGAAUACUUGGAAUUGUGUGAGCAUAUACACAAAUAUGUAAAAAAUACAGACCAAAUACUAAUGCUUGGUUGUGGUAAUUCACAACUUAGCAUGGACAUGUACGACUCGGGUUUUAGAAAUAUCACCAACAUCGACGGUGGCUAUACGUAAAAUGCUGGAGCUGAAUGAAAACGUGUGAACAUGAAAUUCUUGCAAAUGGACGCUACACAAAUGACCUUUGAGGAUGAGUGCUUUUCUGUGGCGUUGGAUAAAGGUACAUUAGACGCGCUCUUUGUCGAUGAUACAUCCGAAGUACAGGCCACAGUGGAGCGUUAUUUCAAUGAAAUUAAGCGCACGAUGCGUAAUGGUGGACGCUACUUGUGCAUAACACUGUUACAAGAACACAUAUUACGUUACAUUUUAAAUUACUUUCCGCGUAAUGGUUUUAUGUUGCGCAUAGUGCAUUGUGCAGACGCAGACCGCGCUAAUCAGGAAAAGAGUGGCGACAAUCCAGAAGUUAUGGCAAUGCCAGUUUUUCUUGUUGUUGCUACCAAAUUUAAGGCCUUACCAAUACCGAUCCUAGAAUUUAGCUUGGGUAAGGACAAAAUGCAACGUUUAUCAAACGCUGAAGAACUUACAAAUGCAGUUGCUGCUGUGCAAAAAGCGGCGCUAAUUUGUAAUGGACUCGCACGUACAAAUAUUGCUGGUCACAACGAGGUUGUGAUGGACUUAUGCCAACCGGGCGAAUCAAAUCCCCGCUACACAGUACAUGUACUAGACCAACCACCGGCAAGGGGGUUGGGUAAAUUUGCUGCCUUUAUAGUACCUCAGGGCAGGUAAAUAAAAAUAACUUCCCACUUAAUUUUAUACAUAAGUAUAUGUACAUACAGCACAUUU